UCCGCGUCGCCGCCGCUCACUGCAGCGCAACUCCGCGCAGCCAUGUGCCAGGUUGGCGAGGACUACGGGGACCCCGCGCCCGAGGGACCGCCGCCACCGCGGCCUGGCCGUGAGCUGAAGUGUGUGAAGUGCAAGGAGGGCCUGCCGGUUGUGGUGAUCCGGGCAGGGGAUGCCUUCUGCAGGGACUGCUUCAGGGCGUUUUACAUCCACAAGUUCAGAGCCGUGCUAGGGAAGAAUCGGCUGAUCUUUCCAGGAGAGAAGGUGCUCCUGGCGUGGUCUGGGGGGCCUUCAUCCAGCUCCAUGGUCUGGCAGGUCCUUGAGGGCCUGAGUCGAGAUUCUGCCAAAAGACUGCGUUUUCUGCCAGGGGUUGUCUACGUGGAUGAGGGAGCGGCCUGUGGGCAGAGCCCGGACGACAGGGCACAAACCGUGGCAGAGAUGAAGCUGCUCCUGCAGACCGUGGGCUUCCCGUGGCAUGUGGUCGCCUUAGAGGAGGUGUUCGGUUUGCCGCCGUCAGUGCUGCGCUGCUUUGCCCAGGAGCCGGUGGGCGCUGCGGGGACCUACAAGGCGGCUGUGGAUAGUUUCCUCCAGCAGCAGCACACGCUGGGGACUGAGACGGCUGGGGGCAGCCCCGGCCCAGCGCAGGGGGAGGAGCGGCAGAGCCAGCCCUGCCCCCAGGGCCCAGCGGGGCCGCCGCCAGCUGCCCAGACUGAGGCUCUGUCCCGGCUGUUUGGCUCCGUGAAGACGUUGACGGCCAAAGAGGAGCUUCUGCACACCCUGCGGACCCACCUGAUCCUGCAUGUGGCCCGGACCCAUGGCUACUCCAAGGUGAUGACUGGAGACAGCUGUACCCGCUUGGCCAUCAAGCUCAUGACCAGCCUGGCCCUGGGGAGAGGGGCUUUUCUCGCCUGGGACACGGGCUUCUCGGAUGAGCGGCACGGGGACGUGGUGGUGGUGCGGCCCAUGCGCGACCACACGUUGAAGGAGGUCGCUUUCUACAACCGCCUGUUUGCCGUUCCCUCUGUCUUCACCCCAGCCAUCGACACCAAGGCCCCUGAGAAGGCCAGCAUCCACCGGCUGAUGGAGAGCUUCCUGCUGCGGCUGCAGGCGCAGUUCCCGUCUACGGUCAGCACCGUGUACAGGACAAGUGAGAAGCUGGUGAAGGCCCCCCGCGACGGCUGUGCCGCCGGCCCCCGCUGCCUGCUCUGUCUGUGCACGCUGGACGUCGACGCUUCCGAUAGUGCCACGGCUUUUGGGGCUCAGACCUCGGAUUUCUCCCAGACGCAUCCCCCCACCCCUGGGGCUGAGGCUGGGACACCCACAGAGGUGGGCAGUGCCCAGGUCUGCUGCCAGGGGGCUGGGCCCAGCAGGAGGGAGGACUCCCGAGCCUGGGUCAUGGAGCAGCUGUGCUACGGCUGCCGUGUGAACAUGAAGGAUGUGCCCUCCUUGGAGCCCCUGCCCCCUUACAUCUUGGCCGAGGCCCAGUUCCGCAGCCGAAGGGCCUCGCAGGACAUCCAGGAGUGCCUGGUGGAGGGCAGUGAGGAGGAGGCGCACACCGCUGAGAGCUGAGCCUGGGGCCGCCCGGAGCAGAACGACGCGGAUGGGCCGGGGGCACGGAGUCGUAUAAAUAAAAAUACUUUUAAUUAGAAAA